AUGGUUGGACUGCUAUGGGAGAUCGCAGCAAUAGCAUUGCCCGCGGCCUUUGCUCUAGCCGCAGAUCCUCUAUCCUCGCUUGUGGACACGAUGUUUAUCGGCAGAAUUGGAUCGGUGGAGCUUGCGGCAGUGGGCGUCUCCAUUUCUCUCUUCAACCUCGUCUCCAAAGUUUUCAACAUACCACUGCUCACCAUAACCACGUCCUUUGUAGCCGAGGACAAGGCCAGCUCUCUGGAAAGCUCCUUCAGCGAGGAGAAGCAAGCUAGCGUUGCUAAAGGUAUGACUUCUUUCUCUCUUGUCAAUUAUGCGAAAGAAGAACUCGCAGAUGAAGAUCCCCCACAGCAACCACGGGUACAACUUCCUGCCGUAUCGUCGUCGCUCGCUCUGGGUCUGAUCCUCGGGCUAGCAGAGGCAGCUCUGCUCGCCGGUGGAUCGUCGCAGGUUUUGAAAAUCAUGGGAGUUCCUCCGCAUUCGGACAUGUUUGUUCCAGCAAAGCAGUAUCUCUUGUUGCGCUCCAUCGCCUCACCAGCCAUCGUUGUGUCCUUGGCAAUUCAGGGAAGUUUUCGUGGUUUCAAAGACACCAAGACGCCGCUAUAUGCCACAGUGUUGGGAAACGUUGUUCACAUUGCGUUGGACCCAGUGCUGAUGUUUACACUCCGGCUCAAAGUCUAUGGAGCGGCAGCAGCGACCGUGAUAUCCGACUAUCUCAUCCUCCUCGUACUCCUCUACAAGCUGAAUCAGUCUGUCGUGCUGUUUCCCUUACGCUUGCGAUGGUCGUUUUUCGGGAGGUUUUUUCGAUCCGGAGGUUUGCUGCUUCUUCGUACCAUUGGAACGCUCUUGACGAUGACUUUUGCCACAUCGCUGGCUGCUCGGCUGGGAGCUAAUCCAAUGGCAGCGCAUCAAAUUUGCGUCCAGAUCUGGUUAGCCGCCUCACUGCUCUCUGAUUCUCUGGCUCUUGCGGGACAGGCCAUCGUCGCCGAGGGAUUGGCAAAUGCCGAGUACGACAAGGUCAAACUGGCAGCGUAUCGUGUUCUUCAGAUAGGAUUCGGAUUUGGAGUCCUUGUGUGCCUGCUGCUCUUUCUUGUCUCACAGUGGCUGUUAAGAAUGUUCACGCGCGACACCGAAGUUCUUGAGAUCGUGAACAUCGUUUUGCCGUUUGUGAUUGCGACACAGCCCAUCAACUCGCUGGCGUUUGUGGUUGACGGUCUAUAUUUCGGAGGAUCCGACUUUGCCUUCUCUGCCUACUCAACAAUAUGCAUUGGAGCUGCGUCGCUUGUUCCUCUCUUUCUGGGAUCUCUCUGGUGGGGGCUGCCGGGCAUAUGGAUUGGCCUCUCCUUUUUUAUGUGCCUCCGCCUCAUCACCGGGCUUCUAAGGCUUGGAACAGCAAGUGGACCGUGGAGAUUCCUCAAAGGCGACUACAAAAUGGUCUUACCGCGCGUCACGAGAGAAGGCCACGCCAGUCCGGGCGUGGUAAUCGUGGCUUUUAACGCCGUCCUAGGCGCUCGUAUCGUAAUCGAUCGUCGAAGCGAGAGCACUGCGGGAUUCUUCUUGAUAUUUUCUCGAUUUGUGAGGUUCCCCUGCCGAUCGGGUGUGCAUUCCUCCGAGAGUUUGGAUUCCAUCGCCGCGCCUGUUCUUGAUCCUGGUCCGCGAUCCAUAGCUGGCAGUAUGAUCGAUCCGCCGAGAGGAAAGGGCUAG